CGCUUGUGUUUCACUUGCUUUUGUCGUAGUAGAAACUGCUAGAAACUUGUCAAAGUGUAAAUAAGAGUCUCGAAUGAAAGCAGAACUUAUUGAUAGAGGGGAUUCAUCACACCAUUGACAUUGUACAUUGAAGUUCUAAUGAAGUGUAUUUUAUGUCAGGUCAGUUAACCGCUGUUUUAUAUUUGUUUGCUCCUGAACACAACCGUUCCGCUUUAGCAUGUUGUCUCGAGUACGGAGAGCACUGACAACGAGGAAGACGUUUAUCUCAUGUGUUUUAAUGCUAAAGUAACUUUAAAGUCUUUUUUAUAGCUGUAGAUGUUUUGUAAUUACAAAAGCGUGUUGUUGAAGGUGUUUUAUGUGUGUCAACAAAUGAAAAGACAGCAAAUAACUCAGUUUUACGCUGGAGCUGAGUUCAAGGUCCAGCUCGGAGUAAACAACAUUCGCAAGCCGGUUAACAUUACAUCCAACUGGUGUAGAAAUGUCAGAGUCGGCUGACAGUCGGACAAAAACGUUGAAUUUCAACGUUGGGGUUCUCGGACAUGUCGACAGCGGGAAGACAUCGCUCGCCAGGUCGCUGAGCAGCACCGCCUCCACGGCUGCCUUCGACAAGAACCCGCAGUCCCGGGAGAGAGGCAUCACGCUUGACCUCGGCUUCUCCUCCUUCACGGUGGAGCUUCCCGACCACCUGCGGGACAGCGAAGGCCAGAAGCAGUAUGACAAUCUGCAGUUUACCCUGGUGGAUUGUCCGGGACACGCCUCUCUUAUUCGGACUAUCAUUGGGGGUGCCCAAAUCAUUGACCUGAUGAUGCUGGUGGUGGAUGUGGUGAAAGGCGUGCAGACUCAGACUGCAGAGUGUCUGCUGAUAGGAGAGCUGACCUGCCCUCGCAUGGUGGUUGUUCUCAACAAGAUCGACCUGCUGCCUCCCAACAAAAGACAGAGUGCCAUUGAGAAAAUGACCAAGAGGCUGCACAAAACUCUGGAGAACACCAGAUUUAAGGAAUGUCCAGUGAUUGCUGUGGCAGCGAAGCCUGGGGGCCCGGAGGCUCCUGACACAGAGGAGCCACAAGCAGUGCCAGAGUUAAUAGAGCUUUUGAAGAAACAGACGUACCUCCCCCAGAGAGACCCCAAAGGUGACCUCCUGAUGGCUGUGGACCAUUGCUUCUCUAUCCGUGGUCAGGGAACAGUCAUGACAGGCACCAUCCUGCAGGGGUCGCUGGCCAUCAAUGACACUGUGGAAAUCCCAGCACUAAAGGUGACCAAGAAGAUAAAGUCGGUGCAGAUGUUUCGGAGACCGGUGUCGGGGGCCAUGCAGGGGGAUCGUGUGGGUGUGUGCGUGACACAGUUUGACCCCAAACUGUUAGAGCGGGGUGUGGUGUGCACCCCAGGGUCCCUGCGCACCCUCUAUGCAGCUCUCAUCUCUGUGAGGAAGAUCGGCUACUUCAAGGGCUCUCUAUCCACCCGAGCCAAGUUCCACAUCACCGUGGGCCAUGAGACAGUCAUGGCGAGGGUUACCUUCUUUGGCUUGCCACCCGUGGGUGCCUCAGAGCCCCCCUCAGUCACUAACCAACCUCCAUCACAGCCCUGCCCGCUGGAUACACCCUUCACCUUCGAGAGGGAGUACUUCCACCAGGAUGAAUAUGUCAUCGCUCAGGGAGAGGCGAGUCCAGGGUGUGACCCAGAGCAAUGGGCCCUGUUGGAGUUUGAGCGGCCAGUCACAUGCCCCUUACUCUGCCUGGUGAUUGGCUCAAAGCUGGACACAGACAUUCACGCCAAUGCAUGCCGCUUGGCCUUCCAAGGCCGUCUCCUCCAAGGGUUUGAAGAUAAAGGCUAUGCCGAGUCUGCUCUGCCUCGCCUGCGCAUCUUCAAGACCAAACACAAGGAGGGCCAGGUGGAACGGGUGACCGAUGAUUACACUGUGAUUGGCCGCAACCUGUUCAAGAAGGAGACCAACCUCCAGCUCUUCAUCGGGUUAAAGGUCACACUGUCAACGGGCGAGACUGGUGUCAUCGAGGGUGGGUUUGGACAGAGCGGGAAGUUCAAGAUUCGAGUGCAAGAGGGUCUCUGCCCAGAAACCAAGCAGUUGUUAUCCUCCACCUCUAAGAAGAAAGGGAAGGGUGGGAGCAAAGGAGGAGCAGCAAAUGAAGAGGAACCCAAAACUGAUUCCCAGCCUGUCAGCAUUCACUUGCAUUUCAAGCGGUAUGUCUUCGAUCCCCAUAAAAAGAUGGUCCAGUCUUGACCGGUGUUGCCCCCACUUCAGCCUGUCAUGGUGUCCUAGUGCUUCAGACAGGGCCGUCCCAGAGGUCAUGUAGAGGUGAAGGGAAUACUGGCCUCUGUAUCAGGGGUAUGAUCAUUUUCUUGUGAUGGCGACAGUCUGCUGAAAUGCAAUGAUUGUGGAAUGCUGAACGCAUGUGAAACCAUUUUCUUUUUGUCUCCCUUCAUGGAGAUGGACUUAAUCCAGUUUGCUUCAUCACAAGGGUGGAAGCAGCUUUUUUGUUCCCGAUGCUUUUGAGUUGUCUUAACCAAUCAGUACUGUUUUGUCUGAAUCAAUUCUUUUGACUUGCAGCAAACUUCUUUUUCAUUAUGUUUCUGAUUUCGCUGAGCCUUGAUUGGCAAAAACACAUCAGCUAGAAUUACAGAAAUACUUACUCAAGGAUUUCCACAGGUCACUGCACUCGCUUCUUGCUCUCUGGCUGGGAUAAAGGUCAUGUUUUAUUUUGGGUUUUAUUGACUGUGUGAUUUCAAAAGGAUUUGUUCGUAUUGCAAUAUUUCCCUUUGUCAUUUCAUUUGACUUUAUUGACAGUUUGUAGAGCCUUAUUUGGCCGAGGAUAGAGGUUAUCCCAGUCUAGAAGUUUCUUAAGAUGAAUGAGUGCUUUCAGAAAAAACGAAUAAAGCAAAACCUUUGCUAUAAAUGU